AUGCCGCGCUGGCUCGCGGCAUGCGCGGGCGCCGCCGGCGCUGCUGCGCUCCAGCUGGAGACCGCCCCCGCCGCGAACGCCACGGGCGAGCCGCGGUUCGACGGGCGCUCCUGCCUCGACGACGUCCUCCUGCCGAGUGCACGGUCUGGAACGGACGGAUGUCCGGCCAAAUUCUACAUGUUCGACGUCACGGACCCCGAGAUUGCGGAUUGCUACGGCAAGUACUUGUCGGAUGAGGAGUUUAACAAGUGGGCCCAAGAUGGCAUGGAGAGCCAUCACACUGGUCCCAUCUUCGUGGCGCGCAAUCUUCCGAAGCACCGGUGCGCGGUGCAGGACCCAGAAAAGGCAGACCUUUUCGUAUUGCCACCUUUCUUGCCGCAGUGGAAUCAGAAUUUCGACAACAAGGACAAGGUGUGUCAGCCCAAGGUGAUGCAUUUCGCGGCGCGCUCUGAGGCCUACAAGAACUCCGCUGCCACGGGUCACUCCAACUUCGUGGUGCUGAAUUGGUGGAAGGGCCGCGAGUGGGGCUCCGAGCAGCCCAGGCUGUUUUCCAACGCUACCUUUGUCGGCAAGGACUGCAAGAGCGAGAUCUGCAGCGACCCCUUUGUCGGUUGGCCCUACUUCGACAACACGGCUGGAUCCUUCGAUGCCGACGACACUUUAGUCGGGAUAAAGGGCCGCGAGAAGCUCGCGGUGGGCGUGUGGGGCAGCAGGAGAGGGGCGGCGACGGCCAGCGCAAGCCCCUGGAGGCCGCCCUGCGCGCGGCCCCAGAUACCGAGUUCGGGGCCCCGGGCAGCUUGGGCGACCACGGCGCCAGCAUCUUCAACCUGUACAAGAGCUCCAGGUUCUGCAUCAACCCGCGCGGCGAUUCCCUCUCGCGCCGGAGCCUGUCCACCUGCGUGCUCGUUUGUCCACCGCCGAUCCAUCCCGGUCAUACUGGUCGACGGGCUGAACCUCCCCUUCGAGCACGUGAUCGACUACAGCAAGUUCGCCGUGAGGCUCCCCGGGAAGACACCUGGGCAAGAGGUGCUGGACAAGCUCCGCGCCACGCCGGCGGACCAGGUGGCGAAGUUGCAGCGGAAUACCGUCUGCGUGAGGCGGGCGUUCCUGUACGACGCGAGGACCCAAGGGCCCGGAGAGCGCCGUGGCGCCCGGCGGGCUCCUCGACUUCCUGCUCGCCGACGUGGCGCACGUGGCGCUGAGGCGCGAGGGCUGGCGGCGGCCCUCCUGAGGCGAGGGACCGCCGGGCCCGCGCGCCGCUUGGCCCAAGACCGAUUCGAUGGGAUAAUGCAGCUGUGGCGGAGGAGUCUUCUAGUCGCGGUGGCCGGGCAAGUUCGUUAG